GUCACAUCGAUUGCGCAUCCGAGUGGAAAAUGGAAAAAGUACGAAUUACUACUUCCCGCGUUAUCACCCAGUACGUGGUAAAGCGGGUGAUUCAGUCUAAGGGGUUCAAAAUUUCGCUGUCUAUGAUUUGUCCUACACUAAGAUGAUACUCUAUAACUAACCUGACGCAGCUGCGGUCAUGUCCUCAAUAGAUUGGCAGUCCAUAUAAAGGCGCUGCUCUUCUACGCGCCAUCUCCUCACGAACGUUUAAAUCCUCAAACAAACAAUCUUCAGAGUCUUUCUCAAGUUGCUGGAGCGCGCCGAACGAGUACAGUGGUUCGCAGGUGGGAUUGAAGUAUCCACGAAUCCUGAUUUUGACAAGACGCAACCACUCAUCACCGAAGUCGGCACAUUCGUGGUACUUUAACUGCAACUAGUCGAUCAUCUGGUGUUCUUCAUAGUGAAAACGCCGCUCGAUUCUCGCGCUUUUUCGUUAUCCAUAAAUCAAAUUCAGCAAAUAUUCAGCUAUUCGCAGUCUCUCAUAGUGUAAACUUCAUACUCUCCCCAGACUUUCUCGAUUUCGCUAAACGAAUACGAAACUCAACACCUUCUAUACUGCAGGCGCCAUUUCUCGUACGCGUACUACUGGGAACUCCUUGCGACGAACACGCGGAGUACUAUCCGAAAGAAUCCGACACGCGCCCAUCCGAUAUCCGCACUUCGCACAAGAACUUGAUGAACAGAUUCGCAUCGCAGAAAUCCGAGGCAAUUCGAAAGAUCCGGUUUUUCGCGCUCGACGAAAACGACGAAGUGGUUGAGGGUAUUAGCAUUUUCCCCACAGAUUGUUAGACAUGUCCCCAGUGUAUUGCAUUUCUUCUCUGAAAUUGAAAUGGUCACUCAGCAAUUCUCUCGCUAAUAAAUUACCACUGAUCAACACGAUUUAUAUCGAAUUUACAACUGUAUCGCUUCAGGUAGUGACAAGAAGAAGAAGGACACCUACGUCGCCG